AUGUUCCCCUUACGCCGCCUUCAUGGUGUUUACCUGCGUAAGAGCCAUGGAAUUGGAUGCGUGAUACAUCGCGGCGGGCUGCGUUCUUUGCUGGCAGCCAGCCAAGACUUGUCCUCCUGCCGCACGACCUGUCAAAUUCAACAUCGCGGCGCCAAGACCAAGACUACCAUCAAACUGUCCGACUUGCCACAAGGUCCGAUAAAGUCUGAAGCUAAACCCAUCCAAGAGGAGGAAAAUGAGCCCAGUUAUCCUACGGUGGUGCUUCAGGCUCGCCGUAACAUGCGCAAGUUCCAGAAUUGCGUUCUUCUCACCCGCGUUGGCGGUUUCUACGAAUUGUAUUUCGAGCAUGCCGAUGAGUAUGCUCCUCUGCUGAACAUCAAGCUGGCAUCAAAGAAGACAAGUGCUGGACCUGUACCCAUGGCAGGUUUCCCCUUCUUCCAAUUGGACCGCUUUCUGAAGAUUUUGGUCCAAGACUUGAAUCGCUAUGUGGCUAUAGCUGAGGAAUUCCCCAACGACGCCGCAGAUAAAGUCAAGUCUGGCGGGUUGUUGCAUGACAGGAGAGUCGCUCGCAUUAUUACCCCUGGCACACUUAUUGACGAAAACUUCAUUGACCCGUAUGCGAACAAUUAUGUCCUGGCCAUUCAUGUGUGUGAGAGAAAAGAGGCACCAAAAGCUCCACCUGCGAUGAUCGAAGACCACGGAAUCCGUGUGUCACCGACAGCGACUCCGCUGCCUCUUGGUCUGGCAUGGAUGGACUUGUCAACUGGUCAUUUCUUCACUCAGUCCUCAGACCUGGCAUCCUUGCCGUCAAUUUUGUCUCGCAUUGGCCCGCGAGAAGUGGUGUUGGAUCAAAGCAUCGAGUCACAGAAGGAUCACGACAUCUUUUCCAUUCUAGCCGAGGACAGGCAUCUGAUAACGUAUUCGCCACAAGGCAGCCUGACAGAUGUGCGAGACUGGACGCCAUUACUAGAAUCGCAAGUACCAGAGAAUGUCAGGCAAGCCUUCACGAGUGAGGAGGUACUUGCUGGUAGCCUUGUUUUAAAUUAUGUCAAGGAACGACUACAAGGGAUGACCAUGAAGCUUUUACCGCCACUGCGGCACGAGAGCAUGGAAGUCAUGAAUAUUGACAAAAAUAGUUCUCGUGCCUUGGAAAUCAAGCAGACUAUUCGGGACGGCUUCUUACGCGGGAGUCUACUGCAUGCCAUUCGACGGACCGUUACCAAGAGCGGAGCAAGACUCUUAGACGAGUGGCUUAGCUCGCCUUCUACAUCCCUUAAGGUGAUCAACAGGAGACAAAAUUUGGUUGCAAAGUUCAUUGCUGCGGAGGAUCUUCGUGACUCCAUCAUCACACUUCUUCGUCGAAGCCACGAUUCCCAACGCCUGGUUCAAAAAUUCUCUUUGGGAAGAGGAGAUGCUGACGACCUUUUGGCCCUUGCAAACACCAUACGAGCCACAGAAGACAUCGUCACUUUGCUCCACGAAGCAGCAGCGUCAGGCACUCAUACCACGGAGAAUGAGUGUCUCUCGGCACUUCUCUCCCGCAUCGACCUAACCCAACCACUCAAACUGGCCAGUACGAUCAAAGAUGCCAUUGACGAAGAAGGAAUCAUCCACCAACAUGAAGUAGAAGAUUCUGAAGCAAGUCAGAUGCUUGCCCUCGCGCAGGAUAUCGUGGCUACCGAAGGAUCACAAGAAGACGCUUCCUCCUUACCCAAGGGCAAGAAAAAGCGACCAACUUCCAUCAAGGAGUUCUACGGAGAAGACAACGAGGCAUGGAUCAUGAAACCCGGUGCCAGUGCCGACUUGAAGAAGCUUCACACACAACUCUCAUCCCUAUUUGAAGAAAAGAUUCAUCUGAGCGAGACAUUACGCGAGGAACUUGGUGCUUCUAGUCUCACACUACGCUGGAGUCCAGGUCUAGGACACAUUGCUCACAUAAAGGGCAAGGAUACAAAGAAGCUCACCCAUAUCAGAGCCUUAUCAUCUAGUCGCUCAACCCGCUCGUUCCACCUACCAAAGUGGACGGCUUUGGGACAACGCCUAGACCAAACCCGCUUCCAUAUCCGUCGCGAAGAGCAGCGCGUAUUCCAAUGCCUUCGCGAACAAGUCGUCCUGAAUCUCGUCAAGCUGCGUCGCAAUGCUGCUGUUCUCGACGAACUCGACAUUACCACAUCCUUUGCCAAGCUAGCCAUUGAGCAGAACCUCGUCCGUCCCAAGCUCAACAACACUCGGACACACACCAUAAUCGGCGGCCGUCAUCCCACCGUCGAGGGUGGCCUAGUUGAGCAAGGCAGGAGUUUUGUGGAAAACGACUGCCUUGUGGGGACGCAAACAGACGGACUGCUCUGGCUGAUUACGGGCCCCAACAUGGCAGGGAAGAGUACAUUUUUGCGUCAAAACGCACUUAUUACUAUUCUCGCCCAAAUAGGCUGCUACGUGCCCGCUUCAUACGCAGAGCUGGGCAUUGUAGACGCCAUAUUCAGCCGUGUCGGCUCAGCAGAUGAUUUGUACCGUGACCAGAGCACUUUUAUGGUGGAGAUGUUGGAAACAGCUCAGAUCUUGAAGCAGGCCACGCCUCGAUCAUUUGUCAUAAUGGACGAGAUUGGUCGGGGAACAACACCUGAAGACGGUGCCGCCGUCUCAUAUGCCUGCCUGCACCAUCUAGUGACGGUGAACCAGUGUCGAACAUUGUUCGCAACUCAUUUCCAUGACGUUGCUGAUUUGGCGGCUGCAGAUGGACUGUGCACGGUCGAUGGUGGUCCGGUGCACUUAUACUGUACGGACGUGGAAGAAGAUGAUCAAGGAGGAUUUGUAUAUGUUCACAAGCUACGAAAAGGGAUAAAUCGGCAUAGUCAUGCGUUGAAGGUAGCUAAGCUGGCAGGCUUGCCAGAGCGAGCCAUUGACACUGCGAAGCAAGUCCUCACGGUCAAGGGGCAUGUCUGA